AGGACCUUCGUCGAUAGUACAUAGUGUAGAUUUUUCCAAGCAACAUUUUUCCAGCCUAGGUAAAUUUGCUUGGGAAGUGAAAAUCUGUCAGCCAAAAGUGAAAAUUUUGCGGAAAACGUUCGGUGGACAGUGCAUUUGAACUGAACAUUUUGUAGAUCGGAUGCUCGUGAGAAACGAGCUGGUGGAAAAGGCACCGAAUGCAGCAGAACAUCUGUGGAAAAUGGCAGGUGAACUGGCAUAAAAGUUGACUGAUUUUGACCAGCCCUGUGAAAAGUCGUGCAGGGAACAAAAAAAAAGUGGCAAAGGGAAAUGGUUUAUGGUGGUGGUGUCGGUUCCCUUUUGGCAGUCUGCGUUGAAGGUGAAGUUCAACUCCAGUGAAGCGAUAACGGCAGAGAAGGACACCGUUCAAUGAAGGAAUAAGUGUAGCUAGAAGAUUUUUCAUCUGGAAAAUUGCGAAGGGAAGCUUUGGAAAAAAUAGAGCCGUGUAUGGAUUUGUGGAAUUUUUCCUCCUCUACGCUCGGUCGAUUUACCAGCUGGAAAAUAUGCUGGCAGCUGGUUGUUUAAGACGACGUUGAAGCUUUUGGACCUGAAUUCCGUUUUGCGAGUGCGACAACCAGUUGGAACUUGUUAGUUUCGGGCCAGUGACAUUCGAGGAGGGAGGAUUAAAAAGUGGAAAAGGAUAAUUGAUAGCCAGCAAUAUGUCAAUCCAAACAGAUAAUAUUGAUUUUAAAGAAAAGCUGAUAGCAGCUGUGAAGAAAGAGGUGAAGCAGGUGAUGGAGGAAGCUGUCACCAAGAAGUACAUCCACGAGGAAUCCGGCUCGGUGACUACGCUUUGCGCGGCGGUUGAGGCCUGCCUCAGUCAGGGCUUGCGGAGGCGUGCCCUUGGUUUGUUCAAAACUUCAUCCACUACGGCACUGCUGCACAAAGUGGCCAAGUGUCCUGAGGCAGCUGUUAUCAGUAAAAAGGUCCAGGAAAUUGAGAACAACGACCCCAAUAAGAGGUCCUCAUCCAGCAGCGAUAGCACUAUCAAACCGCCAAUUUUGAAGAAAGGCAGCAGCCAUUCGGUAUCAGCAACGACAUCACAAUCGACGACACCUGUCGUAAAAUACCUCUGGAUCCGACUAGCGCUGUAUGAAAAGAAGCUGUCCCGCAUAAUCGAUCAUUUGGUUACGAACGCAACCCGCUAUUACGAACGUGAUUCACUCGUCGCCGAUCCAGACUACGGUUCCAUUCUGAGCUCCCUGCUAGUGGGACCGUGUGCACUGGAUUACUCACGUGCCAAAACUGCUGACCACUUCUGGACCGAUCCUCCGGCAGACGAAUUGGUCCAACGACAUCGCAUCAGUUCGGGAAAUCCAACGUCACCGGCCAUCCGGAGACCAAUGUUGAACUUCAAACGUAGUCUCCACACCAGCUCCGAAGAGGGCAGCAUGGCUUCGUUCAAGUCCAACUCGCUGGUAUCAGCCUCGAAGGAUUACGUGGAGUCAUUGCAUCAAAAUUCCCGUGCAACGCUGCUGUACGGGAAGAACAACGUCCUCGUACUGCCAAAAGACGUCAGUGAGCCCAUGCCCGGCUAUCUUAGCCUACAUCAGACAAUUCAGUCGUUGACUAUCAAAUGGACACCGAACCAGCUGAUGAAUGGCUACACCGAAUCGGAGAACAUCGACAAGAGUUCGUACUGGAGUUACGCCCUGAACGUCAACGUGGAUGAAAUCGUGUACGUUCACUGCCAUCAAGCCCGGGGAGGCGAUACGGGUGGUACGAUCAUUCUGGUCGGACAGGACGGUGUUCAACGUCCGCCGAUCCACUUCCCCGAAGGUGGACACAUGGCAGCUUUCUUGAGCUGCUUGGAAACAGGUCUUCUACCACACGGCCAGUUAGAUCCGCCACUUUGGUCUCAGCGUGGCAUCGGACGUAUCUUCCCGUGGCCCCACAAGUCUCGCCGUAGACCACUGCCGUCGCUGUUAGAAGCGGCCACCAGUGACGAGCUGCCGAUCGACUACGUGUUUCGAGUGGUCAACAAGAGCAACACUGACGAAUUCUUGGCAAAUCAUCCGAUUCUGGAUGUGGGAAGAACUAGUCCACGCUACCGUGCGCAGCUAAGCAGCUGUUCUACCAACGAAAGCAGCGACUGCUCUAGUAAGAGUCUCUCGAUCGAUGCAAUGUCUAUCGAUAGUCCAAACCCGGCUACGAAUCAAUCCACAAGUAUUGCCCUUGUUUGCUCAACGAUGAAGAGACAAAUCAUAUCUCGAGCGUUUUACGGUUGGCUAGCUUACUGUCGUCACCUAUCUACGGUUCGCACACACCUUUCGGGCUUGGUCAAUGGACGUAUAACUCCUGAUGUCGGAGCAGAAGAAGGACUUUCAAAGGCACGUUGGGAAGGUUUACACGACGACAAAGGGGUGGUGGCGGACGAUCAGGAAGUUUAUCGCCUGGUUUACUACGGUGGAGUAGAGCACGACAUCCGGAAAGAGGUGUGGCCGUAUUUGCUGGGACACUACACUUUCGGAACGACGCCAGAAGAACGCGCGGAUUUGGAUGAAACUACUAAACACUACUACGAGACUACGAUGAGCGAAUGGUUGGCCGUUGAAGCUAUCGUUCGCCAGAGAGACAAAGAGAAGACUGCGGUUGCAGUCGCCAAGCUAAGUUCGGGUAGUGGCAGCUUGGAUAACAAAAGCAAAGAUGCCGAUGAAGAAGAGAUGGAUAAUGAAGUAUUUGAGGAGAAUGGUUUUUCGGAUAUGUCGGAACCGGAAAUGGAUGAUGACGAGGAUGCUUCGAAGGCUAAAAAACCAGAGGAACCAGUUGAAGAUGCUAAGGAGGAACCAGAGAAAGCUGAGUUGGAGGAUGGAGAAAAGAUGGGUUCAUCGAACAGGCUAGAACUGCCCCUUUCGGAUAACAGCAAAGACAUGGACAGUAAUAAAAGUUCCCCAUCGGACUCGUCCUACGCAACAGUGGGUAAUGAUUUUGUAGACGUGGGCGAUAUAUUGCCAGUUUCGAACAACGAAUACGUCCUGCCAAACGACGAGGAAGAAGAGCUGCAAGAACCGACGGAAACGGACGAUGACUGUCCGAUGCAAUCGCCGGGACAUCCGCGAGCUGUGAUUGUGACUGAUGCGUCGAUAGACGUGACGAUGCUGAAUGAUGCCAAGGAACCGAACAACAAUACACUGGAGGCACUAUCGGAGGAGGGAGCUACCAGCCAGUUGGAUGCACUGCAGGAACCUAAAUCAGCUUGCGUUUCACCGGCUAGCUCGAACGGUGGCAUCUACAGUAGCGAGCUAUUGGAAUCCUUCGGACUGAAUCUGCACCGCAUUGAGAAGGACGUUCAACGAUGCGAUCGCAAUUAUUGGUACUUUGCAAAUGAAAAUUUGGACAAGUUGCGGAACGUCAUAUGCACUUACGUGUGGGAGCACCUGGACGUCGGUUAUAUGCAGGGAAUGUGCGACCUGGUUGCUCCGUUGCUGGUUAUCUUCGACGACGAGUCCCUGAGCUACGGUUGCUUCUGUCGAUUCAUGGAGCGUAUGAUCGAAAACUUUCCCAACGGUGGAGCUAUGGACAUGCAUUUUGCCAAUAUGAGAUCCCUCAUACAAAUUCUGGACUCGGAAAUGUAUGACCUGAUGCACGCUCACGGAGAUUACACCCACUUCUACUUCUGCUACCGAUGGUUUCUACUGGACUUCAAGCGUGAGCUGAUCUAUGCCGACAUUUUCUCAGUGUGGGAGAUCAUCUGGGCAGCCAAGCACGUGGCUUCGGCGCAUUUUGUACUGUUUUUGGCACUGGCGCUGCUCGAAACCUAUCGGGAUAUCAUCCUAUCGAACAGCAUGGACUUCACUGACAUCAUCAAAUUUUUCAACGAAAUGGCUGAACGUCACAACACACCUGCAGUAUUAAAGCUAGCUAGGAAUCUGGUCCUCCAGUUGCAAACAAUAAUCGAAAAUAAGUAAGCAAGCAUUGUGUGGUUGAUUUAGGCUGUUGUAAUAAAACAAAA